AUGACCGACCACAGUAGAACGUGGUUGAGGCAGUCAGUCCGCCUCGCUGUGUUCAUCGCAUCCAACAACGAAACCCCAUUUGCCGACGAGACGCCUGACUCAUGGACUUUAUGUGUUGUUGGAUCAAGCGCGCUGGACAGCCAUGAUGAGUUUCUACAGGUAGCGAGUUGGGAUGGCAGGGUCUUCCGAUACUACAGCCGCAACGAAGUCCUGAGUGACCAAGCAAAGUCUCCCAAUGGCAGAAGCCACAAGGGCUGGAUCUAUCAAGGCGUCUCGACGGAUGCGUUUACGGAGGACAAGUCGUACCUUGGUCCGUUGCAUGGCCAUGUUAACGGAGCUCUAGUCAUGAAGGAGCUCCACAAACCUUGGCUGCACUGGUCGAUCGACAAUCAUAGCUUUGUCAGCAACCUCGCUAUAUCUGACAAGGAACGCUUCAUGGACGCUCCUUACCUGACGGACCAGACCACCCGGAUGCUCUUCUGCCGUGUCUCGAGUGCAGAAAGUAUGGAGCCCAUCGUUCAGGACGGAGUGAGCAAGUGGUACAACACGCGCAAACAAGUGGACUUCUUCAACGAUUUGCGGCAGCUACGUCCGCAGCCUCUGAAUAUCAGACGUUGGAUGGCACAUGUCCUCCUUACUACCACGACUAAUGUUGCGGUUAUCCAGUGCUAUGGCAAGAAGAGGUAUGAGCCUGCUGAUCACUUCUACGACCAAGAGAUGCUUAGCCAGUACUCAGACACCAGCUUCCUU